AGCCUCAGUUCCCAUGCCCAGAGGAGCCGGGAACUUGUGGCUGGUUAGUGGUGAAAGUCAGGUCCCUUUUCUGUAUCCCAUGCUGGCUGACUGUGGCCAGCUGACCCAACCUCUCUGGGCCUGCGUUCCUCCUUCAGGUUCUUCCCUGUCCUCAGAGCAUCUGUGUGUCUGGGCUCCGUGGAAGAAUCCCUUUAAGAGUUAUUUAUUUCAUUCUGAUCACACUUUUCAGUACAAAUGGAGAGGCCCCCCCUCCAAGUACAGUUACAAAAAAUAAAAAUGGGUUCUGUUCAGUUUUGGAAGUUGUGGAAGGACAUUUCCAGCACAUUGGGGUGAGUUGGGGAACUGGUUUCCAUUUAGGGAGGUGACCCAGUUGCUUCCAGCCAGCACGAAAACUUUGCUUGUAUAAUCUGUGGCCACCCACUGGGUGCCUGGGAGUUGGCCACAGUGGAUAAAGGGCAAGAGAACUGGUUUUAGAGUUAGAUGGAUGGACAUGCUGUGCUCUGCCACCCUGCUUCUGGAGCUCUGAUGCCAGCUUAGAUGAAGGUUGAGAAGGUUGUCACCAGCAAGCAACUGUAAGUUAUUAAUAUUAGUCCUUUGUAAAAAGCAAGCAACUGUAUAAAUGAUUAAUGUUAGUGCCUAAUCUUAUUAAUGUUUCAGGCUCUACCAUACUAUGUCAUCCUUGUCAGGAUCCCCCAAGAGAGUUCACCUCUGACGACCCCAGUAUUAACACAGGUCUUGGCCUUGCUAUUAUUUUUGUUUAAUGAGGCUAAACUUUGCUUUCCAUGGCAAGACAAAGUUAUCUCUAAGGGAGUGUGCUGAACGAUCAGAGCCUACAAAGGCAACAUUGAAUACAUUUUACCCUUGAACAAGGAGGGGAUUGGGGUGCAGCCCCCUCCAGUCAAAAAUCUGCCUAAAAACUUUUGAUUCUCCAAAAAUGUAACUACUAAUAGCCUACUAUUGACUGAAAGCUUUAGCAAUAACAUAAACAGUUGGUUAGCAUGUAUUUUAUAUGUUAUAUGUAUUAUAAACUGUAUUCUCACAAUAACAUAAGCUAGAGAAAUGAAAAUAUUACUAAGGAACUUACAAGGAAAAUACAUGUACAGUACCGUUUAUGUUUAUUGAGAAGAUAUUCACAUGUAAAUGGACCUGUGUGGUUCAAACUCGUGUUGUUCAAGGGUCAGCUGUAUUUUGCUACCAGAGGAGGCAACAGAAGUGGAAUUGUAACCAAAUAACACUUGUAAUAGGUGUUGUUUAGUUAGGCUCUUAAGCUCCAAGAGGUCAGGGUAUUAAUAUCCUUGGGUGUUACCCUUAAUUGUUAACUUACUAGCUGGGCUAUCCGUUCUCUGAGGUGGUAUUUUAAAAAGGUGACAGAUGUAUACGAUCUGAACAGAAACCAGAGUAUUGAGAUGGUAUUUUAACUACUUUGUUCACUGUGGAAGCUCCUGGCACAUAAUACUGGCCGAAGACAAAUGUUGUCUCAGGGCCUGAAGGGUUCUUGGAAGUUACUGGUGAGUUCACUGUCCUUGACAUUUGUAGAAACAGAGCCAAGACAGGAAUGGACUUACCUGAGGUCGCACAGGGAUUGAGUGGCUGAGCCAAAACUAGAACCCAACAAAAAUAGGGGAGCCCAGGCUGUGCCAGAGCCAACACCUAGGAUCUGUGACUGUUUUGCUUUUGCAAGAGCCCUUGAAGUAGUUAUUAUCCUCUGAUUUUAAAUAAGGAAACAGGCUCAGAGAGGUUAAGGAAUUUUAGCAAAGUCACAUAGCUGGUAAGUUCCAGACUUGAAAUCCCAUCAUCACAUAAAAAUGGGAGCCUGGCUUCUUUUGAAAUAGUCUGCCAGAGGCGAGUAGUCGACACCUUCCCUUGAGGCAGCAGCUCUCUCUCAGUCACCACUUGGGUGGCUUCUCUCUGGGCUGGACUUUCCUAGGCCCCUGGGUAUUUGGUUUGUGUGGUUUGUUUGUCAGGGCAGGGAGCCUGUCUGUUUCAUUCCGCACACUUCCCAGCCCCUGGAGCACUCCUUGCACCUGGCGUAUAGCAGGCACUGAGUAACAUCAGUGGGAUGGGUACAACCUAGUCCUCUCCCACUCCAGAUCCCAUGCAGUACCCCAUCUCCACAACCUGGUCCCCUAGUUUUGCCCCCAGAGGUCUGGGGGGACUCUUUGACAGUGUGUAUCCAGUAGAGAGACCAGGAGGCACUGAGGGUGGCAAGCCUUGGUUGAGGAGCAGGGGACAAAAGCCAGCCGUUUGCCUGAUAUCCAUUAACCAGGCCCCGGACAACUGGUCUCAGCCCAACUGUGCCCACCUUGCUGUGUGGUCUUGGCUCCCUGCCCACUCCACAGCCAUGGCCACAGCGGUGGCCCAGAAGCUUAGCCACUUUCUGCCCAGUUUGCGACAGGACCACCAGGAGCCUCCGUCAUCUGUGCAGCCAGAGCCUGUCUUCACGGUAGACCGAGCCAAGGUACCACCCCUCUUCUGGAAGCCAUACAUCUACGCGGGCUACCGGCCGCUGCAUCAGAACUGGAGCUUCUACUUCCGCUCGCUGUUCCAGCAGCACAACGAGGCAGUGAACGUCUGGACCCACCUGCUGGCAGCCCUGGUGCUGUUGCUGCGGCUGGCCAUCUUUGUGGGGACUGUGGACUUCCGGGGAGACCCCCACGCCAUGCCCCUCUUCAUCAUUGUCCUCACCUCCUUCACCUACCUCUUCUUCAGUGCCUUGGCUCACCUCCUGCAGGCCAAGUCUGAAUUCUGGCAUUAUAACUUCUUCUUCCUGGACUACGUGGGUGUGGCUGUGUACCAAUUUGGCAGUGCCCUGGCACAUUUCUACUAUGCCAUUGAGCCUGCCUGGCAUGCCCAGGUGCAGACUGUUUUCCUGCCCAUGGCCGCCUUUCUCGCCUGGCUUUCCUGCACUGGCUCCUGCUACAACAAGUAUAUCCAGAAGCCCGGCCUGCUGGGCCGCACAUGCCAGGAGGUGCCCUCGGCGCUGGCCUAUAUGCUGGACAUCAGCCCGGUGGCACACCGCAUCCUGGUGUCCCCCAACCCUGCCACAGAUGACCUUGCUCUUCUCUACCACAAGUGCCAGGUGGUCUUCUUCCUGUUGGCUGCUGCUUUCUUCUCAGCCCUCAUGCCUGAGCGCUGGUUCCCUGGCAGCUGCCACCUCUUUGGGCAGGGCCACCAGAUCUUCCAUGUCUUCUUGGUACUGUGCACGCUGGCUCAGCUGGAGGCCGUGGCACUGGACUAUGAGGCCCGGCGGCCCAUCUAUGAGCCACUGCACACCCGCUGGCCCCACAACUUCUCUGGCCUCUUCCUGCUCACCGUGGGCAGCAGUGUCCUCACCGCGUUCUUCCUGAGCCAGCUGGUGCGGCGCAAACUCAAUCAGAAGACCCAGUGAAGGGAGAUGGCAGUUGGUAGGGAGGGAGGUAGAGCGGGAGCCCAGGGGUCUGGUCUUGGCCACAUGUGGGAACAAGGCCUGGUAAAGUUGUUUGUGUCUGGAAUGCAGUGACUCUCUGCGCAUGCCUCAGCUGCCAAGGGUGUCUUUGGCCAGUCUUUGGUCCUUCAGUGUAGGGAUUGGCCUGGAGCUGCCGGAAUCUUUCCUGAGCCUGCCCUAGCUCCCUGACUUGGGAGAGGGAAAGAGAUAGAGAUGCGGGCCACCCUGGUUUGCCUCCCCCCAUUGCCUCUCACCAGGCAUGAGGAUGGGAGGGUCAGCCAGGGCCAGGACUCUGGCUUAGGGCUUCCAGAUUGUCUGGCGGAGUUAGUAAAGGUGGAAUGUAGGUCAGAAUUAGAUUUGAGUUUAGGGGCAGCAGAGGCCUCAGCAACUCCCAUCUAGCGAGAUUUCACUGGUGGAUAGGAAGGGGCGGGGCCAAUAUGUGUACAGGGAUUACCAUUGCUUGAACCCCAGCCUGGAGUUUUGGAGCUUCAGAGUCCUGAAAGUUAAAGAUUGUGUCAGGUGCAAAUGGAUCUCAUCCAGUGCCACAUACCUCUCAGUCCCUGUUCCACACGCUGAGCCCCACUCCUAGCUUUGGCCUCCAUGUUGCACAUGUCCUGUUCCCAGCCAUUCUCCUAGUUAAGCUUGUUUGUGAUUCAGUGAGCCAUUCAGUGUUUUCGGGGCUUCUGCUCAGGGGCAGGUUGUUGAAGGGGCCCUGUGGAUCAAUGCAGGAUCAAAGACUUGAAUGUUGGAAUGAACUGUUAGGGGAAGCACUGAGGAGGGAAUAAUCAGUAUGGCCUGGGGCUCUCAGGGUCUUGUAUGAGAAGGGUGAAUAGGAGUCUUGCAGAUGAAGAAGGAAGGAAUUCUAGGCAGGGGAAAAACGGUUACAAAGAAAGGCCUAGAGGUAUGGAAGUUCAAUGGGGCUGGAGCUAGGGGUGGUCUGGUCUCUAAUAUGUCCUAGAUGCAAUAAAGUUACUGUGAUAACAGCU